GUGAUCGCGAUGCUACUACGGCAGGCAUGGGAUUCGGUCGUGAGGCCGAGCUCUGGACCCACCACGAGAAGCGCUGCUUCCACCUUCUCCAGCGAAUCCCUUCCCUUCCCGCCUCCGCCCUCCUCCAAAUACACGCUUCCCUCCUCCGCCGCGGCGCCAUCCAUGCCAGCCUCUCCCUCCUCACCCGCCUCAUCACCGCCUUCUCCGACCUCGCCGUCCUCGCCUCCCCCCUCGCCUCGGAGUCCCUCCUCCGCCACGCUCGCCGCCUCUUCGACGCCUGCCCCGAGCGCGACGCUUUCAUCUGCAGCUCCUUCCUCCGCGCCCUAUCCCGAAACCGCGGGUUCCGGGAGUCUAUCGCUCUCUACAGAGACCUCCUCACUGCGCCGCCCUCGCACUUCCCGGACGAUCACACCUUCCCCUUCCUCCUCAAAGCCUGCGCCUCGCUUCCAGGCGACGCUUCGGAGCACGGAGAAGGUUCCCAGAUCCACGCCCACGUCGUCAAGAUGGGAUUUCGCGGUCACGCCUUCGCGUCCACCGCCUUGGUCGACAUGUACGCGAAGCGUGGCGACAUGGCGUCCGCGCGGAAAGUGUUCGAUGAUAUGCCUCAGAAGAGUCUCCCGUCGUGGACCUCGAUGACGGUCGGCUACGCGAGAAGUGGCGACGUGGGCGCUGCCAUUGACUUGUUUCAGCUGAUGCCGGAUAAGGAUACGGCCGCCGUGAAUGCGAUGAUGGAUGUUUUCGUCAAGCGAGGUGACAUGGUUUCUGCGAGAAGGCUGUUCGACGAAACGCCUGACAGAAAUGUGAUAUCAUGGACGAACUUGAUCUGUGGAUAUUGCAAGAUCGGCGACAUGGAGGCUGCUGGUGCGUUGUUCGAUGAAAUGCCGGAGAGGAACCUCCACUCUUGGAACACGAUGAUUGGGGGUUAUUGUCAGAAUCGGCAGCCGCAGCGGUCACUGAAAUUAUUCCGAGAGCUGCAGAGCGGUUGCUGCCCCGCGCAGCCUGAUGCAGUAACCCUCGUCAGUGUCCUCCCUGCCGUUGCCGAUUUGGGCGCCAUUGAUCUUGGCAGGUGGAUCCAUAACUAUGCUCGAAGGAACGGGCUAGACCGGGCGAUCACUGUUUCUACUGCAUUGAUCGACAUGUACGCGAAAUGCGGGGAAAUCAGCGAGGCACGUAGAGUGUUCAAUCAAAUGCCAAGAACUGAGCCGCCCGCCUGGAACUCCAUGAUCCACGGUCUCGCUCUCAACGGCCGAGCAACCGACGCACUCAACAUGUUUAAUGAAAUGCGUAAGCGUGGAGUCCGCCCGAAUGAGGUCACGGCAAUGGGCGUGUUGUCCGCUUGCAACCACGGUGGGCUCGUGGACGAAGCCAAGAGGUGGUUCGACGAGAUGGAGGCACUUCAUAUCGAACGAAGGAUCGACCACUAUGGUUGCAUGGUAGACCUGUUGGGGAGAAGUGGUUUCCUCGAGGAAGCGGAGAAGUUGAUGUCCGAAAUGCCUUGUCUUCCAAACGGGAUCAUACUGAGCUCAUUGCUGAAUGCUUGUGUGAUCCAUGAGGACGUCGAGAGGGCCGAGCGAGCUCUGAGGAAGGCGAAUGAGGUCGAACCAUGGAACACAAGCAACUACGUGAUGAUGAGGAAUUUGUAUGCGAGAUUGAAGAGGUGGAAGGAUGUGGAAAGGAUCAAGGGAGAAUUGAGGAGAUUUGGGGGGAAAAGAGAGGCUGGUUGUAGUGUGAUUGAGGUUGCCAGUUGUGUUCGGGAGUUUGUUUCAGGUGAUCAGUUCCACCCUGAGUGGAAGAACAUAUACAGUGUGCUUGGGGAGCUGCUGCAGCUGCAAAAUGAAGGCCAGGAAGAAGAAGAUCAGGAGCUUGAGCUCGAUGCUGUGAGCACGGCCAACGCACAUCUUUUGCUGUGCGUUGAGGCAACAAUUCAUCAUUGAUUCUUUUUUAUUUAAUUCAUUGACAUAUUGUUCAUUGUUCAUUGUUCAUUGAGGGCAACAAUUCAUAUUUUGCUGUCCCCUCGGGACGGUGCGAUGGUUAAAGCAUAAAAAGUUGCCACAUGAGAUUUUGGGGUCAAAACUCGACGUGACUGAGCAUAACCUCUUCCAUGUCUUAGCCAUUUGCACUAAUGACUAGUAGUCACCCGUGAUUACACAUGAAGUGUUGUCAUCAAUGAGGUCUGAGGUUCGAAUCUCAGUAAAGUCGAGAUAAAUAUCUCUCUUAUGUGUUAGUCAAUAUUUCAAAGGU